CUGAGGUUCCUUCCCCCAGUGUUUACACGUGGGUUGGCCUUGCCAGAUUGUUCCAAGCAGAUUCUGUUCCCCAGGGCAGUUGAUCACAGCUGACUGGAUAACUGGCUACUGGACUGAUGAAGAGAAAUUCACUGAGAUGACAUAGGGAGGGGCAUCAAGGACAAUGGUGCAGAAAAAGAAAAUCUGCCCUCGGUUACUCGACUAUCUUGUGAUCAUUGGAGCCAGGCAGCCGAGUAGUGAUAGUGUUGCUCAGACUCCUGAACUGCUGCGACGUUACCCUCUAGAAGACCAUGUGGACUUUCCUCUACCACCUGAUGUUGUAUUCUUCUGCCAGCCCGAAGGAUGCCUGAGUGUGCGGCAAAAACGCAUGAGCUUCCGUGAUGACACUUCCUUUGUCUUCACACUCACAGACAAGGAUACAGGUGUCAUUCGCUAUGGAAUCUGUGUCAACUUCUACCGCUCCUUCCAGAAGCGAGUACCUAAGGAGAAGGGAGAAAGCACAGGGGCGCAUCGAGCUCGGGAGGGACAGAAAAUCCCCAAAUCCGGGGAUGCAUCUGCACCCCAAGAGGAAGUGGGCACUGAGAGUUCGGAGGGUGGUUCUUCACUGCAGGCUCCAAGUACAGAGUCUACCCCAGAUGUGACUCGAUCACCACGCAGUAAGCGGCUGGCCAAAGGCAGCCAUCGCUCUCGGAACAGCACUCUGACUUCUCUGUGCAUCCUUAGUCAUUAUCCCUUCUUUUCCACCUUUCGUGAGUGUCUGUACACCCUCAAGAGACUUGUGGACUGCUGUAGUGAGAGAUUGUUGGGCAAGAAGUUGGGGAUUCCUCGUGGGGUGCAGAGGGAUACAACGUGGCGGAUUUUCACAGGCUCCCUCCUGGUGGAAGAAAAGUCCAGUGCAUUGCUACACGGCUUGCGGGAGAUUGAGGCCUGGAUAUACCGGCUGCUCCGUUCACCGAUGCCUGUUGCUGGUCAGAAGCGGGUGGAUGUGGAAGUCUUGCCACAUGAGUUGCAGCCAGCUUUGACCUUUGCUCUUCCUGAUCCAUCCCGCUUCACCUUGGUGGAUUUUCCAUUACAUCUGCCUUUGGAGUUGUUGGGAGUGGAUGCCUGCCUGCAGGUGCUGACCUGCAUCCUUCUCGAGCACAAGGUUGUAUUGCAGUCCCGAGAUUAUAAUGCACUCUCAAUGUCUGUGAUGGCCUUUGUGGCUAUGAUCUACCCAUUAGAGUACAUGUUCCCAGUGAUCCCUCUGCUUCCCACCUGCAUGGCCUCUGCAGAACAGUUGCUUCUAGCCCCUACACCUUAUAUCAUUGGUGUUCCAGCAAGUUUCUUCCUUUACAAACUGGAUUUUAAAAUGCCUGAUGAUGUAUGGCUUAUUGACCUGGAUACCAAUAGGGUGAUUGUUCCCACAAAUGCAGAAUCUUUGCCAGCACUGCCAGAACCAGAAGCUUCAGAGCUGAAGAAGCAUCUGAAACAGUGUCUGGUUAGCAUGACUGCAAUCACUCAGAAACAGCUGCUCACUCCUGACAACAAGGCACUGGCCAGCAUGAGUCUGAAUACUCAGCCCAUUCUUAAUCUAGAGAAGUUCCACGAGGGGCAGGAGGUGCCACUGCUACUGGGAAGACCACAGAAUGAUUUGCAGUCUACUCCCUCCACAGAAUUCAACCCUCUCAUCUAUGGGAAUGAUGUGGACUCUGUAGAUGUGGCUACCAGGGUUGCUAUGGUGAGAUUCUUCAACUCACCAAAUGUUUUGCAAGGUUUCCAGAUGCAUACUCGCACUCUUCGUCUCUUCCCGCGACCAGUGGUGGCCUUCCAGGCAAAUUCUUUUCUUGCCUCUAGGCCGAAGCAGACACCUUUUGCAGAUAAGCUUUCCAGGACACAGGCAGUAGAAUACUUUGGAGAAUGGUCACUCAACCCUACUAACUAUGCUUUCCAAAGAAUUCAUAACAACAUGUUUGACCCAGCACUGAUUGGUGACAAACCGAAGUGGUAUGCUCACCAGCUGCAGCCCAUCCACUAUCGUGUCUAUGACAGUAAUUCACAGCUGGCUGAAGCACUGAAUGUCCCAGCAGAGAAAGAAACAGAUUCUGAUCCCACUGAUGACAGUGGCAGUGACAGUGUCGACUAUGAUGACUCAAGUUCCUCCUACUCCUCCCUUGGUGACUUUGUCAGUGAGAUGAUGAAAUGUGACAUUAAUGGCGAUACCCCAAAUGUUGACCCCCUGACUCACGCAGCUCUUGGUGAUGCUAGUGAAGUGGAAUUUGAUGAUUUUCAAGAAUACUCAGGGGAUCUGGAUGAACAGGCCAUGGACAGUGAAAACUCCCAAGAGAACAACCAGCCUCGUUCAAGUUCCAGUACUACAGCCAGUAGCAGCCCCAGCACUGUCAUCCAUGGAGUGAAUCAUUUGUAUGUAACACAAAUUAGCGAACAGAUCAAUGAUUUGACUGGUCCACAGGAGUCAGCAGAUUCAGCAGAAAUGGAAGAGAAGUUGGUUGCUGGAUUUUCAAACCAUCUCCCUUCCUUGCCACUACAACCAAGCUUUCCCAAGAUAAGCUUGGACCGCCAUGAGAGCGACAGCACAGCUGGCAGCAUGAGCUCCUCAGAAGGGGUGGUGAGGAAGAGAGAGUAUGAUAAUCCGUACUUUGAACCACAGUAUGGUUUUCCUACGGAGGAUGAAGAUGAUGAGCAGGAAGAGAGCUACACCCCAAGAUUUAACCAGAAUCUCAAUGGAAGCAGGUCUCAGAAGUUACUCCGUCCAAACAGUUUAAAACUGGCCAACGAUUCUGAUGCAGACUCAGAUUCCAGGGCCAGCUCCCCAAACUCUACUGUCUCCAACAACAGCAGUGAAGGUUUUGGGGGCAUCAUGUCUUUUGCAAGCAGCCUGUACAGAAACCACAGCACAAGCUUCAGUCUGUCCAACUUAGCCCUACCAACCAAAGUUGGGAGAGACAAGAAUACUCCCUUUCCUAGCCUGAAAGGAAACAGACGAGCCCUUGUGGAUCAAAAGUCUUCAGUCAUUAAGCACAGCCCGACAGUGAAGAGAGAAUCUCCAUCACCUCAGGGACGAACUAGCAAUUCCAGUGAGAACCAGCAGUUCCUGAAGGAGGUGGUACACAAUGUUCUUGAUGGGCAAGGUGUUGGCUGGCUGAAUAUGAAAAGAGUCCGACGUCUGCUGGAGAGUGAGCAGCUCCGUGUCUUUGUACUAAGCAAGCUGAAUCGCACAAUCCAGUCAGAAGAAGAUGCUCGGCAGGAUGUCAUACAGGAUGUGGAGAUCAGCCGCAAGGUUUAUAAAGGCAUGCUGGACUUGCUGAAGUGCACUGUGUUGAGCCUGGAGCAGUCAUAUGCAAAUGCUGGCCUGGGAGGCAUGGCCAGUGUUUUUGGCCUGCUAGAGAUAGCACAUACUCACUAUUACAACAAAGAACCAGAAAAGAGAAAACGAAGUCCAACGGAUGGAUCUAUCACUCCAGUUGGCAAGGAUCCUGCAUCAUCCCCAAGAGUGGAGCCAAAACCUGCGAUGCAGCUGCCAGUACCUCAGCUAAUGCCAAAGGCACCGAGCCCUGCAGGCAAAGGGCCAAGGGAAUUUGACACAAGGAGUCUAAAGGAAGAAAAUUUUAUUGCUUCCAUUGGGCCAGAAGGUGUGAAACACUUUGAUUUGGGAGAAACGGAUGAGAAAAAAUCCCAAAUCAGUGCAGACAGUGGCCUCAGUUUGGCCUCAGGUUCUCAGAAGAGUGAUUUCGACUCUAUUCCCAGUGGAGGACCAGCAGUUAUGGUCCGAAGUACAAGCCAGGAUUCUGAAGUUAGCACAGUGGUUAGUAACAGUUCUGGAGAGACAUUAGGAGCAGACAGUGACUUGAGUAGCAAUGCUGGUGAUGGCCCGAGUGUGGAAAAUGGUGGCAAUUUGACAGGAUCCAGAGGCACUGUGUCAGACAGUGAAAUUGAGACAAACUCUGCUACUAGCUCUAUCUUUGCGAAGUCUCACAACCUGAAGCAGAGUGUGAAGGAUAGCAAAGGUGGUACUCCAGGGAGAGGUCCAGAGGAUGGGAACCAACGUGUCUAUCUCUAUGAAGGACUUCUGGGUAGGGAUAAAGGAUCUGUCUGGGACCAGUUAGAGGAUGCUGCAAUGGAAACCUUCUCUAUGAGCAAAGAGCGUUCAACCUUGUGGGACCAGAUGCAGUUCUGGGAAGAUGCUUUUUUGGAUGCUGUGAUGUUAGAGAGAGAAGGAAUGGGGAUGGACCAGGGACCUCAGGAGAUGAUUGACAGGUACCUUUCCCUGGGAGAACAUGAUCGAAAGCGUUUGGAGGAUGAUGAAGACCGCUUGUUGGCUACACUGCUGCAUAAUAUGAUUGCUUAUAUGCUUAUGAUAAAGGUGAACAAGAAUGAUAUUAGGAAAAAGGUGCGUCGUCUAAUGGGAAAAUCACAUAUUGGAUUGGUACACAGCCAGCAAAUAAAUGAUAUUCUAGACAAACUUGCCAAUCUGAAUGGACGGGAACUCCCUGUGAGACCCAGUGGCAGCCGUCACAUCAAGAAGCAGACUUUUGUAGUACAUGCGGGGACAGACACAACAGGAGACAUAUUUUUCAUGGAGGUAUGUGAUGAUUGCAUUGUGCUGAGAAGCAACAUUGGAACUGUGUAUGAACGUUGGUGGUAUGAGAAGCUCAUCAACAUGACUUACUGUCCCAAAACAAAAGUGCUGUGCCUCUGGCGGAGGAAUGGUCAGGAGACACAACUGAACAAGUUCUACACAAAGAAGUGUCGGGAAUUAUACUACUGUGUAAAAGACAGUAUGGAGCGAGCAGCAGCAAGGCAGCAAAGCAUUAAACCAGGGCCUGAGUUGGGUGGCGAGUUCCCUGUGCAGGAUAUGAAAACCGGUGAAGGAGGUCUUCUUCAGGUCACACUGGAAGGAAUUAACCUGAAGUUUAUGCACAGUCAGGAGCGGAAGGUUUUCAUAGAGCUGAAUCACAUUAAAAAGUGCAAUACUGUGCGAGGAGUCUUUGUCCUGGAGGAAUUUGUUCCUGAAACUAAAGAAGUGGUGAGCCACAAGUACAAGACGCCAAUGGCUCAUGAGAUCUGCUACUCCGUGCUGUGUCUCUUCUCUUAUGUGGCUGCCAUUCGUGGAAAAGAGGCAGAAAACAAAAGCAAACCACCUCGACCAGUUUCCAGUUGAUCACAAUAUUGGGAAAUACCUACCCUUUGGCACGUUAACAUGCAGUACUCCGAUUUUUACUGCAGUUACUGGAGCUCACUUUACUGUAUUCUAUGAGAACUUGAUUAUUUAUGUAUGACCCUGCAAGUCUUUCCCCAUAGAAAAACCUAAGACUUCACUGCUCAGUCUCUUUCUGAAUCCAUCCUUAAUGGAGUUUUGAUGUGAGCUGUUAAGCAGACAGUUCUGAGCAUCAGCAUCGAGCUGUGAGUGACCUACUCCGGCCAUUCCUUUGGAAUUCCAUUUUUCUUAAGAUGACUAACAGCUUGAGUUGGGUUUUUUUUUUGUUUCUAGUGGUACUUGUUACAGAUGAAUCACUUUACAACUGCAGGCUUCUGCUUUCAGAUUCUCUGGUAUGUGCACAGUGGAAGCAGUCUGGUCCUGCAUGUUGUUUAAAUGUUGUGUUUUUAUUGUUUUCCUUCUGUGUUGUUCAUUUUUACCCAUGAAAGUGGAGUUCUUGUCACAUAGUUCUUCAGACCCUUUUGGUAGAGAUGAACAAUUUAGCUACCAUAGUCUUAAAAUGUUAUGUGACAAUUGAAGUUUGGCUAUUAAAUUGGUCCAUCUGUGGAGAAGACUGCUUCUCAAGUGGGAAAAGAAGUGGCGAGAGAAACUUUGAAGGCAGUAUAUUGUGAAAAACCCUGACACCUCAUGGAUUGUUUGGAUUUUCAAAUGGGAGUUUAGAUUAACAUUUGUAGAUAUCCCAGCAGUAGAGUUAACAGAUGCAUAUAAGCACUACAUAAAGCAGUUAAUCACAGGGAUUAGAAAAUGAAUAAGGAAAUUUAAAACUUGGAAACGUUAUUGGCAGAAGCACCCAGCAGACCCAUGUCUUUUUGGGCUUGUAACUAUACACAAGAUAUUUCUAUAGCAAUCCGCAGAACACGUUCAGAAGCCCAAAGGAUUAUGCUGUCUCCAAAUUUUUUAAGCCAUUGCUUUUUUUCAAUCUGUACCUGUAUAUCAAGGAAUCUUGCAAAUACGGUGUUAAUGGAUAAUGAAACUCACACAGUUAAAACUAUUCAUCACAUUCCUUAUUUUUAAGUAGGCCGAUUAUGAAUGUUUUUUGCAUCCUGUUUUUGUUCUUGAACUGUACUGUGCUUGUCCGGAAAGCUCUUAGGAUGCUGGAAGGAGAGACUGUCUAGAGAAAAUAAUGUUACAUAUAAAAUACCUGGAAAAAAAUGCUCUGAUGCAAACUGAUGUAUUGUAUGUUUUGACAUAGAAUUCUGAGUAAAUGCACCCAUAAAUAACCCUGUUUUGGCUUGGUCAGGGUAUCUACCAUUUUGAAUGGAAUACACUAGUAAUGGGUGAGGAAAUGAUGUAAAUAUUAUAGUACCACAUCUAUUUAUAGAAACUGUACAGCUGUCUGAAUGUGAAAAUAAAAUGUCAUUCAACCAGCAA